AUGGCGAAGAUUAACCUUGGCUUCAACGAGCUACGACAGGAACUACGGCAUCAAGAGAUACAUUCGGAGCCCGAACUUCGGUCGGAAUACGGUAUGAGGAUGUACUCGGCGCCGGCACGAUCCGUACCGGAUCAACAGCCCUACUGGGACGAUCUGAACGGCGGGCAACCGGACUUACAUCAACAAGAAAUGGACCAGCUGUUGGAGGGAAGGAGGCUCGAGCCUCAAAGUUACGGGGACCCGAGAAGACAAGGGGGCUUCUACAGCGACAAGGUGGAAUUCGAUCGAUUGUCGACUAUGAGCUCCCGGGUCGACCCUGAACACAUGCAACGAGCGAUCCAAGCCGGGGUACAAGUGGCGCUCAGCGAGCUAGACGGCUACGCGUUCCCCCCUUCACCCACAGCACAACGAUCAUCAACCCACUACGGAGCCGGAGACCCCUCUCGUCCACGGCAAUCUGCAUGGCAAAAUGGAAUCUACAGAAGCGAGACAGCGGUCCCGCAAAGCACCCCUUUUGAUCCUCCAGAAUCCCCUACACAGCGUAGGCGUGUGCCCCAACACGCAUCGAACACACCCCAGACCGAAGCAGAGUGGGUAGGGAGACCACGCAGACACCGCGCGGCACGAGAGGCCGCACGAGAGAUGAACACGGCCGCCCAGAGGAGCAAUGCGCCGGCGCGGGCUGCAGCUCAAGCGGACAACGUCGGGGCACCUCUGUCGAGAGCGGAGCCGCCGAGGAGCAGGACUCUCAUGAGCGGCGGACGGGGCCCGACGUAUGAGGAGGUGAGGGAAGAAACCGAAGCUGGCACAUUAGUGCGGAGGAUUCCGGCUGACCAAGUCGGACCUAGGAGACAACAUCCAAACGGAUACCAAGAACCAUAUUUUGAGGACGGCGAGGAGGAGGAUUUCAUGUCGGAUGGGGAGUCGGAUGGGUCCAGGUUGCGGCCGCCGCCUGCGCCGGAGCCGCCUAGGUGA